CGCCCGUACUGGGGCGCUGGGGGAAGGAGCUGGAGGCGGGAGGCGCAGGGCUCAGGCGCGUCUCCGCUGGUGACCUGAGUGCGGUAGACGAUGACUGCGACUCCCAAGGCGCCGCCCGCCGGAUCGCUCUUCCUGAGGUUUCCCUAAGCCGUCUCCUAGGAUACAACUCCCAGGGAAGAAAGGCCAUGUGGGCACACAAAGAGAAGGCAGUCACCUGUAAACCAGCAAUGGAGGACUCAACAGGAACCAAAUUGGCCAGCACCUUGAUUUUGCAUUUUUCAGCCUCCAGAAGUGUAAAGCUUUAUUUUUGUCUACUCCAAGCACUAUGAUCCUCUGUCGGACGUGGCAGUCACCUCCUAGGACAACACCUUACUGUCAGUGGCAGUGAUGGCAGAGAAAUACACUGAAGUACAGAAGUCAGGAGUCCAGGCAAGGCCACAACGCUAUUGAGGUAUUCUGAUAGCCAUCGGGUUAGGAAUUGCUGUCCGACAAUGAGGCCUAUGUCCGACUAGGGAGGCAGUGAAGAAAGCAAUCGGGAUGAGUAAGGACACCUCGGCUCGAAAUGGACCCCAACUACUCCCACCCCACUGGUGGCUCCUGCACCUGUGCUGGCUCCUGCAAAUGCAAAGAGUGCAAAUGCACCUCCUGCAAGAAGAGCUGCUGUUCCUGCUGUCCUGCGGGUUGUGCCAACUGUGCCCAGGGCGGCAUCUGCAACGGGGUGUCAGACAAGUGCAGCUGCUGUGCCUGACGCGGGGGAGAGCCUGCUCCCCAUGAGAACAGAGCAGCGUGAAUCAGCCUGUAUUGUAAGAAUAUUUUAGUGCACACCAACCUGUUUUCUACAUUACAGUUUGUAUGAAAUAGUGAAUCAUAAUAAAUGUUGUUGACUAUAAAAAAAAAAAAAGAGUAAGGACAUUGUGAUCUUGCAAUUUUCACCAGCAAAGUCUGUGACAGCAAUGUGUUGGGGUUCUACUUAAAUAAAUGUGAGCAUUUUAAUCAAAAUUAUACUGACCUUGAUCAAUUUUCAUAGGGAAAGGAUAUUUUGAAUAUAGUCUAUUAUGACAUUUUAAUCCCUUUAUCUGUUUAUUCUUCAUUGCCAUUAAAGAUAGUUAAUUUUCUUUUCUAUUUCAUGUUUAUUUUAGAUAUUAAAUAUUUUAUGGGUAAAUUUUAGGAUCAAUUCUUUUCUUAACCAUAGAUCCUCCACUGCAAUUUUCUUCAGGGGCAAACAUUACUAUUAACACCAAUAUUUUCCAGGUCACUUUUGGUAUUCACUACAAGAUAAAUAUUUUGUUUAUUAUUUACAACAAAUUUAAUUGUAUGAAGUUUAGCUAAUUUUAGGGUUUUGGGGAGCUGAUUAUUUUUAUCAGCAAUAUCUUUUAGAAACAGUUUGUUUAUAUGAAAAUUUUUUUCUCACAUUAUAGAAUCAAUCAAUGAGUGGGUUGAUUAUUAUUAUUGCAAAAUCUGUAUAUAUUCCAAAUCAUUUUGUUACCCUGAAAUAACAGACCAGUUUAUUGAAGGAUAAAAAGGACACAUUUUUUAAAAAAAGGACACAUUUGGGUCAAGGUAGAAGACUAAAAAUGCCCAGCUUUCUUUCUCAAAGAUUGAAAGCACCAAUCUAUGUGAACAAUUACGUUGGGGAGAAGUUCGAUAUGUAAGGUAUGAAGGUUUGGAGGUGCUGUGAUGUCAGGGAGAGGACACGGACAUACUGUAGUAUCUCUGAAUGACAGUUGUGUUAUAGGUACCUCCUCAAGUAGACUGAAUUCCUAAAGGACAGAAAUUUAUCUUAGACUUCUCUACAUUAUCCAGUACCAGGUAUAGUAUGUAGUAGGUCCUCAAAAAUUAUCUGCUUAUCAAUUACACGUUUAACUUAGUCUUUCACUACCUUAAACAUAUUAAUCAAUAUGUUUCCUCACAUACCUUUUCUUUUAUAGGUUUUAGUUCUACUUUAUCCACCUUUCUUUCCAGUAGACUUUCUAGAUUUUUAAUUUUCUUUUGGAGUUCUUCAAUUAGACUUUGUUUAUUAUCUAUCACAGGUUUGCCCUGAAAUAUAAUAUGUAUUUUUAUACCUUAAGUAAAAAAAAAAAAUUAAACAAAAUACACAAUAAAUAUGCCAGUUAUAGAAGCUUGCUGAGGCUACAGCUAAACCAUACUUCCUAAAUGACACUAUUGAUAUAUAAAUAUAGCAUGAUAGCUGCUUCUGCGUUUUAAAGAUGCUACUCUGAAGCUACAAAUAUAAUAGAGGUCAAAAAAGAAUGAGCUACCUUAAUCAAAGUGACUUAAAAGCUAAUUUCAGCAAAUACUAUAAAUAAAAUUAAGAAAUGGAAUAAACUACCACCUAUGUAUUUUCAAUCAGACAUGAUCACAAUUAAACACAAAAGUACCUGUAA